AAUAAUAAAAUAAUAUAUAUCUAAUUAUAAAAUAAUAAUUUUCUAGAUCUAAUAUUGUAUUCUACAGACGUACAGUGAAAAAAACAUCUUUGAGUUUGAGAGUAAUUUGUUGCAAUCACAACAAAUAACAAUGGCAGACGGUCAAGCUAAUCAAGACAAGAACAGUUGGGAAAGUUGGCUUGGAGGAUGGGUGCAAGCAGCAAAAGAAAAGUCCAGUACAGCCUUAGAGUUUGUCAAGAAGGAUUUAGCAGAGUUCACAUGCACAAUGCAAAAAGAAACAGAGAAGGCAGUAGAGAAAACAAUUGAAACUCUUAAUAAAGAGAAAACAACUCAAGCUACAAACAAGGUCAAGGCUGGCUUUUCAUCCUUUCUGGACAACAUUUCUAAGGUACUGGUCAUCCCCCCAGAUGAUGAUUAUGUGCCAAUGAAGGUAGCUGCUGAUGGAAGCGGCCUCUAUGACAGAGGAAAGGCCAGGCUACAUGCCAUCCAACUUGAUGCUGGGACCUAUAUGGACCCACCAAAAGGUCCUCCUGAACAGUACAACAUGUGGCUGGAGAGUUUUGACAUGGACAAACACAAAGGAGAAAUUUCUGAACUGUUAGUGUCCAAAGUAGAAGUCAGAGCUCUUUACACAAGAAUGGUGCCUGGUGAAGUGUCACAUGCAGAGUUUUGGCAAAGAUAUUUCUAUAGGGUCCACCAGCUGGAGUGUGAUGAAGCCAGGAAACAAGCCUUGAUGAAGAGAGCUGAACAAGCCAGGGGAGACUCUCUUGGGUGGGAUGAUGAAGAAGACUGGAGUGGUGCUGAAGAAGAAGAUCCUCACAGUGAUCGAGAAAAAGUGUCACGGCAACCCCAGCUUUCUCACAGUGGCCAGAAAAUAACAGUGAUAAAACCUGAGCCACCUCAAAGAGCGGAUGAAUAUGAACCUGAACCUCAGAAAAAAACUGAACUUGUUACACAGAUUGAUCCUCAAAAACAGACUGAGCCUCAAACAGAAAGUGAACCUCAAACACGCAGCACUGAAAUUACUACAGUGGACCAAAAAGAACAUUUACUUUUAACAGAAGUAAAAGAUCUGUUACCUGAUAAACUUUCAGAGAGUGUGAACAAUGCUACACCAACUGAAGAUGCUGCAAAAGUUGGUGAUGAACCUGAGGAAGCUUACUUUGCAGAGCCUCUGGACAGCCAUGCAGUGGAUGUACCAUUACGUCAAACUGUAGAAGUUUCUGAUGACCUGACUCACCUCUCUCAGCUCAACAAUCCUCCACUGACCAACUUGUGGAGUCUACAUAUUCCUGAAGAUGUUCCAAAAGCUGACUUUGUAGACACAGGCAGCAAGCCUUCUUUCGUUCUUGAUGACCAAACCACUCUAGUUUCCAAAGUUACUGAACAAGAGACAGUAAAAGAUUCUAGUGGAGUCACUACCAAUGAAAGUUCAACUUGUCUUGCUGACAAACCCAGUGUUCCCAAUCUUGUUUUAAACGUAGAAACUUUAGUGAGCGCUAAGCAGACCACUCAAAAACUUGAAGCUGAUGAGUCAUUGACUCAGGUUUGUGUUUCUCCAGAUUCAACCUCACCUUUCGAAUCAGUUCCAGUGCCCGACCCAAGUGCCUGCCUCGAACCCAAAAUGACACAAGCUAAAGUGGAUUCUUCAGAGUCAUCAGAAGAGACAAGUGAAAGCUCUCUAGAACAUGUAACUCUAGAAGGCAACUCUGAUAAUAACACAUGUCAUAGUGAUUGCCCACAAGAUCAGGAUGUCAAUGACAUUAAUAUAAGUGUGAAGGGAGACAUGGUGUUGGUAGGGGAACGAAUCAGUCCACUCUCUGACAACAGUGAAACAAAAGAAAGUAGUUAUUAUUUAUCUUUGUCUGCCACUAAACCUGAAUAUUUGUGCCUGGUUCCAGAACUGGGCCAAGAAGAUGACUGGGAGCAAGACUUUGACAUUGAAAUAACAGAGGAUGACCUUAAGGCUGCUGACAGUAUUGCCAAGAAAUUGAGUGAAAAUCUUAAUAUGGAUGCUGAUGAUUGGGAGAAUUGGGAAUGAACCAGUGAUUACAGUGUGACAGUGAUGUCUUUUGAAUGGGAAUAAUCGAAAGAAACUUUCAACAAGUCAUCAUUCUACAUGGGCCCACUAGUACAGUGCACAUCUCAUCCACAGCCACUUCAGGACAUGUCUGACCUUUUAGCUAUUCUUGUCAAAUGGUUUUAUUACAACAUGCCACUUUCUACCUUGUUCAGAAAAAAAAGCUCUAUUUAAGCAGACUCUGCUUUUAAACAAGGGAAGUAAAAAGUCAUUUUUUGUCUGUAAUGUCUUGUGAAAACUGCUUUAGUGAAUGGGUGUAGAGUGAUGCUGUGAUUUGUGUACUCUUUUUGUCCUAGCAGUUUCAAUGACAUGAUUUAAAAAAAAAAUGGAAUACAGAAUUUAAAACUUUGCACGCUAUUUUAAUGCGGAUCUUAUUGCUGGAUCUUCCAUGUAGAAAUAUUUCAUCCCUUUAUGUUAAAUAAUAGAUGCAUUUGACAUAAUUUUUUAGUCUAUGAACAUUGUUUAAUGAAAAUUAGCUAAUCAACUUCUAAUUUUUUAUUAUUUGUAUUUAUAUGUUAGGCUACUUUUGUUACUAUUAACUGACUACACUAUAGGGAUCUAGCUAACCAACAUUUUGUUGAUACUGUUGAAAUGCCUAUUAAAACACUUAAACUGUCUAGAAAAGAUACUAAAGAGGGAUAUCAUAACUGUUGUUAAAUUACCAAGAAAAAAAAAUGUCUAAAAGAUUUAGGCUAUAGUAAAUUGAUAUACAUCAAUAGUAAGAAUUCUAAGAUGUGAGUGGGGUAUAUUGUUAAUAUUUUGUCUAUUUAUUUAUCUUCUCAACAAAUAAAACAAAAACUUGUUCAAAUUUACUUGUCCUGCCUUUGAAUGGCCAGGUCUUUUGGUAUGCACUCUCAUCUCAAUGGUCCUGUGUUCAAAGCCUUUCUGCUGCCAUGAUGGAUUUUAGGCUGGGAUGUAAUAAUCUUUCUGAACGAACUUGGGAAACAUGUAAAACUUACAUGUAAAGCUUAGCUUGUGCCUUUUAACUACUUUUUACAAUUUCUCUUAUCAGCUAGCGAAAUCGUAGGAACCCGGUGGGCAUAGUUCUUGAAAACAAUUUUCCUACUAAUUUGACGAUGUAUAUCUUUGGGAAAAGAAUUACUAGCUAAUUGGCCACACUGGGAAAACUUACAUUUGAUAGCUAUAAUUUUAAAAAAUAAUUUUCUAAAAUUUAGUCUAGACAAUCUUUAUAUUGAAAUAUUGAACAGAUAUAUGCCAGCGGGUAUUCCUGCAUGUAGACCCUAUUAAAGAGUUUAAUAAAUAAAUAGACCUUCAGGAAAAUGUUUUCUGGAUCUAUAGGCCUAUUGUCAGAAUUUUAUGAUACAGUAGAUGUGUAUAUUCACUUAGCCAGGAUUUUUUUCGUGGGGGCGGUGGCAUUGGGGCAGAGUAAAAAAUGGUCCAUUUUGUUUUAAAAUCUAUCAUUCAUUAGUUAUUAAGAGUAAAAUAAUCAUUCUUAUGAUAAUUCAUCAGCUUCAUAACGGAGGAAUCACUUUUUUUUUGUUUCGUUUUCAAAUUGAAGUUUGUUCAAGUAAUAUUUUUUAUUGGCUGUGAUGUAUUAUAUUUUUUUUAAGAAAAGGCAAGACGUCUAGAUCUAUUCUUGUUCUAAGUGUCACUCAAUAAUUUUUUUUUUUUUUUAUUAAUGCCAUUGUUAAUUACUUCCUAGCAGUAAUGAAAACCCAGAAGCUUUCUAUUUCCAUUUCUUUUUCAUUCAUCUCCUUUUUACUCCUUGCAAUUACUUCUCAUGAUGCAAUUAGCUUAUGCUAUUAUGCUAAUGACAUAUUAUCUUAGUACAAUUAUUGUAGUGCAUUAUUUUUUCUCUUGCCUAAUAUGAAGACAGUCUAGAGUUUAUCCCUUUUGCAGGUCAGUGUUAAUGUAAUUUAUAUUUAGUCAAACUUAAGCUUAUCAAAAGAUUUUUCAGUUAUUCCUCUUGAUAAAUUGUUUUUUAGUGUAUGAUCUUAAAUAAUGAUAAUUGUUUACAACUGCAGAUUCCAUCUCGGAAUUUAUACUAAGAACUUGGGAGAUUAUGUUUGUUUUUAUAUCGAGUCCUGUGAAAUUAAAAAAAAAAAUUCUAAGUGCAUUUGAAGAUGUACAUAAUGUUGUUGUCAUGUAUUGGGAUGUUAUUAAAUUUAUCUGCCUAACAAA